AUGAUAUGUGACACUUUUGCAUGGUUUGUUUUGGAGGAUAAACUUCUGUUUGAUCACGGAGAAGAAGCUAUUAAUGUUCGUUUAUGCACUACCUCAUUAUGUUGUGGAAAGCGAAUAAUAUUAGCACUCGGAUCAAGUGUUGGCAAUGGAAACUCUGAUGAAGUUGAUCAGUUUGUUUCAGUUUGCAAGAGUUUUUCAGAACCGCUGCUGAACUUUAUGAUACAAAAAACUUUUCGAAUCCUCAAUUUUCUACCGAAUCAUAAAGAGUGUGUUUUUCAUAGUUUUCUGAACUCGUACAAGCUCUCAAAAGAAUUGUAUAUCGACAGUACUAUCUGUAUAUUUACACCAUUUUUCAUAGCAGCCAGAACAAUGUAUAAGUUUAGUACAGCUGGGAAAUAG